AUGCAACCAACAUUCUCAUCGGCUAAUACGAAUUCCGAUUGUUACUUACAAAUACGUCGCGGUAAACAGACAAUAUUUACUGAUGUUUCUGAAACUACAACAGCGGGAGAUUUAAAACAAAUUAUUGCAAAUAUACUUAAAAUAAAUCCUGAAAUAAUACGUUUAACAUGCAAAGGACAACUAUUUGAUAUUGAUGGUAAACAAUUACUUGAAUAUGGUAUUACAACCAAAGAAGCUCGACCACAAACACCUGUUCAAUUAGAAUUUGUUCUUCAAUUAGAUGAUGGAACAUAUGAAGUAGAAGAAAUUGUUCCUUAUACUGCAGACAGUAAUUCUCGAUCUGAAGAAUUGCAACAAAUGGGUACUCCAAUUGAUUCAAAAUAA